AUUAUAUACAAAAAUAUAUUUGUCUAUAAUGUCUCCCAGAAUUUUAGUUUUUUUUGUAAUGUGUUUUUAUUUAUUGUACACUUUAAAGAACUAUUUGUUAGAGGAAUAGGCAUGUAGUCCGUAAAAAAAACUUAUUAAGAAAACAUGAAAUUCCUCAGAAUCGCGCCCGGAAUAACGUUGAAAUGAAGGUCAUCAAUAACUUAUCAUGACGAGGAAAUCGGAUACUGUCUUAGAAAAAAAAACAGGAUGAAUUGUGAAAAAAAUCGAAAAAUUCCAUUUGCGCUUGUUUUAUUCGAUGGCCAAGUAUUCUCAUUGAUAACGAAGAAAAAAAAAAGAUUAACGUAUUCAAAUGUUAUUUCCGAAUUUUACGGAAAUGUGUGGGGGCUAAUAUCCUGCGUUGUACAUCAUUGGGUUAAUUACGUUCCAGACGCGAACAUACGAAAAUAGUGGCAGUGACCACAAAAUGGAUUUGCGAUUAAUUAUUUUCGGUUUAUUAGCGUCCAACGGGAUUUGUAAUUCGUUUGGUUGGGAAAGGGACAUCGCUUGUCCUUUGAUAUGCACGUGUCAAUUACAGCAUCUAACGGAAACAGCUAUUUACAGAUUUAUGCAAAGGGACAAAAGCAAACACGCACCUGGAGAUGGAGGUUCCGUUGAGAAUAACGAGGUUGUAUACGACGAUACUUUCGAUACCGUGGAGCUUUUGGAUGAGCCUCAUCGAGCAAUGAUCGUUCGCUCAGCGACGUGUAUUUUGCAGACGGAAACCAAUCCUGCGGAGUUGAUCGAAUCGCUACCAGACAAUAUCGAAAGUUUGACGUUCAUACACGGCUACGAGUCAGGAAACAAAACAAUUAAAUUUAGUUGGUUAAGUAAAUUCAAUCGUCUUACAAGUUUGGAACUAGUAGGUCCAACUAUAUUCGCCAAAAACGUUACAAACCAUUUGUUGUGUCAAAUCGACUAUUCGCUUCCUGAAUUGAACUAUUUAAAUUUAGAAAAAGUGCUUAUACACAAUUCGAAAGAGCAAAUACAGUCGUUUUUAGAGAUAUUGAAAGAAAGUGAAAAUAUUACUUUCGAAUAUAUCCAAAAAAUCGACGGAAGUAUGCAUCCCGUUACGAUUGUGCAAAAAAAUAAUAACGACGAUGAAGUUGUGCCCUACGAAGUAUUUAAAGAACAACGCCGAAACAAUGGCGAAGUGCCUUUACUUGUAGGAUUCAAGAAGCUCUUACUUUUACGAAUAGUGAAUUGCGAACUGAAUAAUAUUCAUUGGGAAAUGUUUGACGGUCUCGGAGAAUUGCAGUAUCUAAUAUUAGAAAGAAAUAACCUCAGAUAUAUACCGCCUUUCGCGUUUUACGGAACACCUCAUUUAAAAGUAUUAUCUCUCGCGCAUAAUAAGUUACUAGACAUAGAAAUAACCGAUUUGGCUGGAUUAUUAGAACUGGAAUAUUUAGAUCUAAGUCAUAAUAAUUUUACCCAGCUGUCGGAAUUGUCUUUGCCGCCAUUUCCCAAAUUAAAACUCGCAGAUUUUGCAAACAAUCCGAUAAAUAUAAUUUUCCCCAACACGUUUGAAGUCAUGAAUACCACGAACUCUUUAGUGAUCGGUAGCGACGAUAUGGCUGUUACCUUUUUAACGCAUUCUUUCGUCGGUCUUAAUUUGUUGCAAACACUAACCGUUCACAAUGUGAACGUCGAUUUAUUAAAAAGGGAUUUUUUCGUAGGAAUGUCGCGAUUAAACCAACUUAGUUUAUCUGGUAACAUUAGGGAAAUUGAAUUCGACGCGUUUUUAGAAGUGCCCAAUUUAGAAAAAUUAAUUUUAAGCUAUUGCAGCACGUACAACAUUUCAAUGGACUCGUUUAUAGGUUUAAACAAACUUCAUUAUUUAGACCUGUCGCAUAACAACCUGGAAUAUUUGCCUUCCGGUGUUUUCGAUGAUCUAGACAGCAUUAAGGAAAUUUAUUUAAACCAUAACAAAUUUAAACAGCUCCCGCGAGAGAUAUUUUCAAAAAUUCACCCAAAACUGUUAAGAUUAAACGAAAACCCGUGGCACUGUACUUGUGAAAUGAGCGAAUGGAAACCUAUAAUAGUAAUGAGAGUGAAGCAAAAGUCGUUAAAACCUUGUGACUUCGCCCAUGAUAAAGGAAUCAGUUGUACUGCGGAUAACCGUUACGAAUAUAAAUACGUUUUUGAUAGCAAAAUCGCGCCGAAAUGCGUCGAGCCGGAACAGUUCGCUACUUGGAGUGUUUUCCAAGCAAUGAGGAGAAUUUUAAAAUGUCCAGAUUAUAAACCAAAACUAAUUAAGAAAGUUUCGCCCACUAAAAAUGGUACAGAUUAUUCCGCUACCGAUAAAAUCAGCGUUGUAUCUAACUCUAGCACGGCGUCGCCAUUAACGGUGAAACAGAGGAAAUUAAAAUUAAGGCGCAAACUUAAAAAAUCGAAAUAUCUGAAAUAUAAACUUAAAAAGCGUCCCGUGUCAGAAGAGAGAAUCAAAUUUGAAGAUGUUGAACAUCAAAACAGCCAACAGGACUUAAGUAAUGAUUUAAACAACGACUUAAACAGUUACAAUUUAAAUAAUAAUUAUUACGAUAAUAGUUUACAGAUCGCGAGCAAUGAAUUUAAUGUUAUUCCAAAAAUGAAACAAUACAAGAAUUUUCAAAAAUAAUGAGGUAAUUCUUGAAUAUGGCUUGAUACUUACUUAUUUAGUUUUGUUUUUAUUUACUUUCCAUUGAAAUUGCGAUCAAUGCCAUGUUAAAUAACAUUUUAAAUGAAUAAAGGUCAUUAAAACUAUCGUUUUUUUCUGCAGUGGUACUUUAUGGUUCUGUAAUAUUUUCCUUAAGAAAUAAAAUGUGGUCUAGGUCUUCCGCGACAAAGCAAUUUUGAUAUUUUUAAAUAUUUUAUUGUACAGCAGACAAUUCUCAUCAAUUGAAAUGUACGCUUAGGAAAUUAACAUUAAAACGAAAACUUAAAAAAUCAUAUCUGAAAUAUAAACUUUGAAGAUAUUGAGCAUCAAAACAACCACCAGGACUUCAGUAAAGAUUUAAACAACGACUUAAACAAAUAAAAUUUAAGAAUAAAUCGUAGCAAUGAAUUUAAUGCUAUUCCAAAAAUGAAGAAAUACAAGAAGUUUCAGAAACUUUCAGUAAAUUCUGGAAAAAUGCUUUGAUACCUAUUAAUUUACUAUUCUUUUUAUUGAUUUUCCAUUCAAUUUGUGAUAUAUGUUAUGCUAAAUAAAAUUUUAAAAGAAUAAAAAUAUUUACUAAAAUCGCUUUUUUUACAGUGAUACUUGAUAGUCCAUUCUACGUGAUCCUUUCGCGAAAAAGGAAUUUUGAUCUUUUUGAAUAUUUCAUUGUGCAGAAGGGAAUUCUCAUGAUUCGUUUAUUCAAUCAACUAAAAAGUACCACUCAGGAAAUUAAAAUUAAGACGCAAAGUGAAAAAAUCAUGAUAUCUUAAAUAUAAACUUCGAAGAUAUUGAGCACCAAAACAACCAUUUAUACUUAUACUUAUACAGUCGAAACUUAAAUAAUAAAUCUCAAGCAAUGAAUUUAAUAUUAUUCCAAAAAUGAAGAAAUACAAGAAUUUUCAGAAAACUAAAUUUGGUAUUGUUUUUAUUGACUUUCCAUUCAAAUUGUGAUCUUUGUUAUGCUAAAUAAAAUUGUAAACGAAUAAAAACAUUUACAAAUAUCGCUUUUUCUACAGUGGUACUUGAUAGUCCUGUAGUUUUUUUCUUAAAGAAAUAAACCUUGUCUAGUGAAUUCUACGUGAUUCUAGUCUUCCGCGAAAAAGGAAUUUUGACCUUUUUAAAUAUUUUAUUGUAUAGAAGAGAAUUUUCAUAAUACGUUUAUUCCAUCAACUGAAAUGUACCACUCAGGAAAUUAAAAUUAAGACGCAAACUUAAAAAAUCAUAAUAUCUUAAAUAUAAACUUUGAAGAUAUUGAGCACCAAAACAACUUAAACAGUUCAAAUAUAAAUAAUGUUAUUCCAAAAAUGAAGAAAUGCAAGAAUUUUCAGAAAUAUUCUAUCAAUUCAUGAAAAAUUUAGUUUCGUUUUCAUUGAUUUUCCAUUCAAAUUGUGAUUUCUAUCUUGCCAAAUAAAAUUGUACGACUACAAAUAUUUACCCAUAUCGUUUUUUUUUGUCGUACUUUAUAAUCCGGUAAGUAUUUGUAUGAAGAAAACAACACCUGUCGUUGAAAUUCGGUAAAUAUAGGAUCAACCUUUUAAUUUUAUCUUGUACGUCUGAAAACUAGAUAUAGUCUUCGUCUUGCGUGAAAAAUAAAUUUUGAUUUUUUACUGUACAGAACAAAAUUUAAUGUUUUUUUCAAAAUAAGAUUAAAUGUUUUUUAGUGUAUUAUUAAUAGUGUAUUUCUUUAUUA